AUGUCUGGAAAGCCAGUUGCCAUCAUCAUCUACUCCAUGUAUGGCCAUGUCCUCAAAAUGGCCGAAGCCGAAAAGAAGGGUAUCGAAGCAGCAGGCGGCCAGGCAAUCAUCUACCAAGUUCCCGAAACCCUACCUCAGGAAGUCCUUGCCAAGAUGCAUGCACCUCCCAAGGCUGAUUUGCCAGUGGCAUCGGCUCAAAUUUUGAACGAACACGAUGCAUUUUUGUUUGGUAUUCCUACUCGCUAUGGAAACAUGCCUGCACAGAUCAAAGCUUUCAUUGACAGCACCGGUCAGCUCUGGGCAUCCGGGGCGCUCGAUGGCAAGAAGGCAGGCGUCUUCGUGUCUACUGCAGGCAUCGGAGGAGGUCAAGAGACCACAGUACUUAACUUCAUGUCCACGCUGGCUCAUCAUGGCAUCAUUUUCGUCCCUCUUGGCUACAAGAAUGUCUUUGGAGAGCUCUCUAACCUCUCUGAGGUUCAUGGCGGCUCGGCCUGGGGUGCAGGCUGCGUUACAGGUGGCGACGGAUCGCGACAGCCAUCUACUCUGGAACUGAGCGUUGCAGAGAUCCAGGGCCGAACCUUUUACGAGAAGGUCAAGCCUACGCACUAA